AUGCCCCCUUCCACGCGCUGCGACACCGCCUGCACGCCGCACCGCACCACCCCUACUUGCCGCGGUGCGUACACUGUACUGAGACUGCAUCUGUUGGUGGUGAUGCUGCUGCCGCAGAGUGACGCCUUCCACGCGCUGCGACACCGCCUGCACGCCGCACCGCACCACCCCUACUUGCUGCGGUGCGUACACUGUACUGAGACUGAAUCUGCUGGUGGUGAUGCUGCUGCCGCAGAGUGA